CUCUCUCUCUCUCUCUCUCUCUCUCUAAAUCCCUAAUUCUAUCUCUGCCUCACUAACCCCACUGUCAGAAAUGCCGAUCAAACGAUCUCGCAUCAAUGGGUCCUACGACGACAACGACGUCAUCUAUCAGCUCCCUCGGCCGUCGGAGCUCCGAAUCGGUGCUCAGACUCCUCCGGCAGCGGUGGAGGAGGCGCAGGUACGGCGGGGAAUUCUGACUCUGUCGCCGCCGGAGGACUUCGAGCGAAAAGUUCCCGAUAAUUUUCUCGAGAAAUGUUGGUACUGCCACAAGAAGAUCCAGAAGGGCAAAGACAUUUUCAUGUAUUGUCAAUUUCGCGCAUUCUGUACCCGGGAGUGCCGUCAGAUAGUUAUUGACAUGGAGGACAACACGCUGGAAAAACUUUCCAAGAUAUCUACACAAUACCGAAUGGAAGUUCCAUCCGGCAAGAUGACGGACGUGAAGAUUUUUGAACAAGAUUAUUAGUUUUUUCGGUUCUGAACUUAUUCUGCAAGAUAGCCUCGUAUAUAACUCUGGAAUAGGAACAAACUGUGACUGUGCAUGGCCGUCAGAUUUUUUAGAUUGGCUAAUGCACUUUUGCAUAGUAUGGGUUUCUUUUGCACUUAAAAGGUUUCCGUACAGUUCUCUUUCUUUGUUUUUAGGGGUCAA